AGAAACAGGAGUUCGGCAAUGUAUGUUUUGUUGCUGCUGCGCUGUUAAGUGGAAGUUGACACUGAUUCCCAAGAACAGGACAGAUUUUCCAGUUUUUCCUUGUGCUAAUCUUGAGCCGAGACGUGAUAAGGCCGUGGCUCCCCAUCCCGGUCGGAGCUGGUGCGGUAGCUGCCUGCCUUCUCCUCCAUCCAUAGAGCCAUAGGACUGCCCAUCCAGAACCUUCAGGUAAAUGAGAUCAUGAUUCUGGAAGGAAGUGGUGUAAUGAAUCUCAACCCAGCCAACAACCUUCUCCACCAGCAGGCAGCCUGGACGGACAGCUACCCCACAUGCAACGUUUCCAGUGGCUUUUUUGGAGGCCAGUGGCAUGAAAUCCACCCGCAGUACUGGACCAAAUACCAGGUGUGGGAAUGGCUGCAGCACCUCCUGGACACCAACCAACUGGACGCCAGCUGCAUCCCUUUCCAGGAGUUUGACAUCAGCGGAGAACACCUGUGCAGCAUGAGCCUGCAGGAGUUCACGAGGGCAGCGGGCAAUGCCGGGCAGCUUCUCUACAACAACUUGCAGCAUCUCAAGUGGAACGGCCAGUGCAGCAGUGACCUUUUCCAGUCCUCACACAAUGUCAUUGUCAAGACUGAACAAGCAGAUCCUUCCCUUAUGAACACGUGGAAAGAAGAGAGCUAUCUCUACGAGCCCAGCUAUGGUAGCACAGUAGAUCUGCUGGACAGUAAAACUUUCUGCCGGGCCCAGAUCUCCAUGACAACCUCCAGUCACCUUCCAGUUGCAGAGUCACCUGAUAUGAAAAAGGAACCAGACCACCCCGUAAAAUCCCACACCAAAAAGCACAACCCAAGAGGGACUCACUUAUGGGAGUUCAUUAGGGACAUUCUCCUGAGCCCAGACAAGAACCCAGGACUGAUCAAAUGGGAAGACCGUUCAGAGGGCAUCUUCAGGUUCCUGAAGUCAGAGGCCGUGGCUCAGCUGUGGGGGAAGAAGAAGAACAACAGCAGCAUGACCUACGAGAAGCUCAGCCGGGCCAUGAGAUAUUACUACAAGCGAGAGAUCCUGGAGCGUGUGGACGGACGGCGGCUGGUCUAUAAAUUCGGGAAGAAUGCUCGCGGAUGGAGAGAAAAUGAGAACUGAAGCUGCCGACCCUUGGGACACAAACCAAAAACACACAGCAAAUGGGUUAUGAUGGAUGAAGAACCGGACGUAAAUAUUUCAAAGACUGCUGUUCAGUGAUAUUUAUGUACCAUGAAGGGACCAAAAAAAACAUCUACUUCUGAUGGGAAGAACGAGCACUACAGUUGACGAAAGCAAUUAUUUUGUUACGUUGAAGUAUGUCCUAUGUGGGGAACUAAUGUACACAGUUUUCUGUGAACUAUGAAACUGUAUGUGGUUGUGAUUCGCUGUUGUCUCUGUUGUGAUGUUCUUUUCUUCCCCCCCAAGAACAACAGGGCCUGUAGCCUUGUGCUUCUUGCUAAGAGGAAGGGAAAAGAAAUAAGAGGGCAUUAAAUGUUUUCAUUUACAAAAUGAUUUAGAAGAAAAAAAGGUGAUGUGUUCUCUACACAGAAGCAUCCAUGUGACCUCCUCAAGAGAAAUGGGAUUCAUCGGUAGGACAAAGUUCAGGGUCUCAGAUUGAUGGGAUCAAAAGGAUGCUGGGAAAUUUAAACUUGACUUAGGAAGCAGUGAGUAGAGAGGGGGAGCUUCCAUAAGCCAGAGUGUCCUGUGAUCACUGCAUGAUUAUGCCCGGGAAUGCUGAAAUAGACGAAAACGAUAGUGGGGAGGCUUUACCUUCAUUCACGGAUGAUUUUCCCGUACUCCCUUUACCCUUGGAUGGUUAAGAAGUCAUUGGCCACACAUGCUUACUUCUAGUUGUAGAAUUCAGCCCAACUUACUGAAAAAUAAGCAGGAAAGGGAGGUGGUGCUAUGGGAAUGAUGGAUGAGCAUGCUCUUGUUUCUGUAGUUUAAGGUUUCUCCCUGGGAACAGUUGACAUUUGGGGCUGGUCCAUUCUUUGUGGUGGGGGUUGUACUGUGCAUUGUAAAAUGUGUAGCAACAUCUAUGACCUCCAUCGGUAUUUCAUACCUGUGACAAUCCAAGUAUUCCUAGAAAAUUGUCAAAUGUCUCCAAGAGGACAAAAGUACCCUUGAGUGAGAACACCAAAUGAACCAGUCAACAUAAAGGUAGUCAUUCAGGACAAAGAUUUAUAGAACCUUCUAGUCCCUAGAGUAAAGAAGAAGCAAGACCUUGAAGUCAAUAUAUUUUAUUUUUUUUAAAUAAUAGGGACAACAGGAUGCGAUAGAUGGAGGAGAUUCUUUUCAGAAUGCCACAUGAGAACCAAAGUCAGAUAAAAGCAGUGAAGGAAGUACAAGAGGAAAUGUUUGCACUUCUGUGGCUCUCUCUCUCUCUCUCUCUCUCUCUCUCUCUCUCUCUCUCUCUCUUUCUCUCUCUGUGUGUGUGUGUGUGUGUGUGUGUGUGUAUACGCACGCGUG